ACAAACACUGAAUCACAUCCAGCAAUUGGUGAAGAAUACUGGGCAACUCGCUGCUCAGUAAGGUUGAUUUUGCCGCAAUUGACGGCGCUCCUUGAAUUCGUGUUUACCUUAUCUUUCCGGCUUCUGCCAACCCGAAGAAGCCACUAGCGCUGAAGCACGACCUUUGAACCUUUUGGGAGCGCGAGAACACCAGAAUCGAAUAUCCAGUAACUCAGGACUCACCACCACCCAGUGACCUGUUCUGUCUCGCAGAACAUCAAUGCAUCCCGCGCCCUUGCACCCAUCGAUCCGCGACUAGCAUCCAGAGACGUUGAGGUUGCAGAACUUCCUUGAAAGCCGCCUUCCGGUCUCUUUCAACAGUUCCAGGCCUAGAUCCAACAGAGCGUAUUUUGACGAUCUCACGGACAGCUUUGGUCGACUUGCGACGGGGCCCCGUCGGCGUCGACAAAACGAUAUCAGACCUGAUCUGACUUCGAAAUUUGAGGCCGGGGUGGUUGCCCUCGGCGUUGUGGAGUGGUUGUGCUGUACCUCAACAGUGACUGUACCAACAACGACUCCUGGCAUCGUAUUCAAGAGGCGAGAUGGCAGACUAUCCACAGGGCAGAGGAGGACCUCGUCCAAAUCAAUAUGGACAUGCUUCGAAUCAUGAACGAGAGGCAGCCUUCUCCAACAUCUUCGGCGCUGCCCCUCCCCCCGGCCGAUCCCAUACGAUGACUUCCUCUACAUCCCCUCCUCCUUCAGCACCGCCAAUGAACCAAGUUCGCACACAGACGAUGAGCUCACAGGCUUCAGGAUCAUAUGGUGGAAUGUUUCGGCCGCCCCCUCCACGCCAGCAGGACGGCGGACACCCUUCACCAUCCGGAUACAUGCCUAAUGGCGGAGGUAUGCAGAAUGGUUACCAUCCAAGUCCAAGGCAGCCCCCUCCAGGCCAAGUCCAGUCACAGCCGCAGCCUCAGUAUCUCCCCCAACAGUUGCGGCCAGAUCGCAGACCAUAUCCCUCGCCAAACCGAGUCGAUCCUCGCGGUGCUCCCCCGCAGCAAGCCCAGUAUGCUCAAAGAAAUCCGGCACCAAGGUACUAUCCUGGCAAUGCUCCAGGUCCAGCUAUGAAUUCAGAUCCAUACCGAUCACAGUCAAUGGCAAGCGUAUCAAGACCGCAAAUGUACCCGCAUCCGCCCAGCAACUUCCAGCAGGCACCAGCAAAUGCGUUUAGACAGGCUCCGUAUCAGGCCCACGCCUCUAGGACAACCGCACAAGGGCGCAUAGUGCCGGAGAGACACGACGAGCGAGCAAUGUCCAUGACAAGUUAUCCACAAGAUCGCGAUCAGCAUCAGACCAUGAGCGGACGGAUUAUUCCCAACAGGAGGACCUCUCAAUCUGGGCAAGAAAGUCAACAAGCAAAUGGCUACCCGAUCCCAGGCCCAAGAAGUCCUGCAACUCAGACUCGGACCACAAGCAUGGCUUCAACCACAGUUGGGGACAUGAGCAGGACAAUGUCAAUGGCCUCUACAAUUGCUCCCACAGAAAGGGCAGAUACAUUGACGCAUCGACCAUCAGUCACCAAGUCCGUUAAUAGUGCUACUGAGAAGCGCCAAAAAUCACCACUUGUAUAUCCUGCAUUGUUGUCGAGAGUCGGAGAGUGCUUCAGAGAUAAAAUCACUGUUGGAGAUCGGACGAAGAACGACCUGACCUAUAAGAAUGCCUUCAGUGGAGCCGAGGCUGUUGAUGUGAUUUCCUACAUCAUCAAAACCACCGAUAGGAAUCUUGCAUUGCUUCUAGGUAGAGCUCUGGAUGCACAAAAAUUCUUCCACGAUGUGACUUAUGAUCAUCGGUUACGAGAUUCGGCAACAGAGAUGUACCAAUUCCGAGAGACUAUGAUGGAUGAGCCCCACGAGGCUCCAGAUGUCAAUGGCGUCUUUGUUUUGCUGACUGAGUGCUACUCCCCGACUUGUACCAGGGAUCAACUGUGCUACUCGAUAGCCUGUCCCAGAAGACUUGAGCAGCAGUCCAGACUGAACCUCAAACCACAACCCGGUCUUCGACGAGAGAAAUCUGAGGCAAGUCUCCAUGACGAUAAUGAUGCGCCCGAUGAGCAAAAGCUCUGGAUCAACACAGUCUCGCAAGAGGUCGCAGACAGCGUUAGCGAGCGCGAAAAGAAGCGACAGGAAGUCAUUUCUGAAAUAAUGUACACUGAACGAGAUUUCGUCAAGGAUCUGGAGUACUUGCGCGAUUUUUGGAUCAUCCCACUACGGUCUUCAAACCCAGCGGCACCAUCUCCCAUCCCGGAGUCAAGAAAAGAUCGCAUCGUACGGACAAUCUUCACGAAUAUUGUUGACUCUCCUAGCAUCCAUGCUGUGAGCUCGAAAUUUGCAGAAUCUCUUACUGAAAGGCAACGCAAGCAGCCGGUCGUUCAAUGUGUCGGAGAUAUAUUCCUCCAAUAUGUGCCACAGUUUGAACCAUUUAUCAUGUACGGAUCCAACCAACUUGCUGCCAAGUUUGAAUUUGAGAACGAACGAUCUCUGAACCCCUACUUUUCCAAAUUCGUGGAUGAAACGGAACGCCGAAAGGAGUCCAGGAAAUUGGAACUCAACGGUUAUUUGACCAAACCCACUACCAGACUGGCAAGGUAUCCACUUUUGUUGGACAACGUACUUAAAUAUACCGAGCCUGAUAGCCAAGACUUGCAAGACAUUCCCAAGGCCAUGAAGAUGAUUAGGGAUCUGUUAACAAGGGUGAACGCGGAAUCAGGAAAGGCAGAGAAUCGUUUCAACCUCAAGCGACUCCAUGAGCAACUUCGCUUCCGACCGAACGAGCGGGUUGAUCUUAAGCUCACCGAUCCCGGGCGAGAACUUGUUUACAAAGGCGCACUAAAGAAAACUCCCACGGAUCCCACCGCUGAUAUCCAAGCUUAUCUCUUCGAUCAUGCCAUGCUUCUAGUUCGUAUCAAGAUGGUGGGCAAGAAAGAAGAAGUGAAGGUCUAUCGACGGCCAAUUCCAUUGGAACUUCUUUCGAUUCGAGAAAUGGAGGAGAUCAAUCCGAAAUUCGGUGUCGUAAAAAGACCGUCGUCAAGUUUGAUACCUGGGGCCAAGACAUCAACGAAUGAUGCAUCUAAGAAAGAAGGUUUCCCAAUCACGUUCAGGCAUCUGGGCAAAGGUGGCUACGAGUUGACCCUGUUCGCAGGUACUCAAGGUUCUAGAAACAAGUGGAUGGAGCACAUCGGAGAUCAACAAGCCAUCUUGAGGAAACGUGGAGACUUCUACAACAGAUCAAUUCUGUCCAAUAACUUCUUUACGGCUAUCAACAGAGUCAAUUGUGUGGCUCCAUUCGAUGGCGGGCGCAAACUCAUAUACGGAACCGACUCUGGAAUAUAUGUCUCGGAUCGCAGAGCAAAGGAUUCUGCUGCCAAACCCGUGCGAGUCAUUGAAGCCACGAAUGUUACGCAAAUCGAUGUCCUCGAGGAGUAUCAAUUACUUCUGGUGCUAUCGCAGAAGUCCUUACUGUCCUAUCCGCUUUCUGCUUUGAACCCGACCGAGUCACCUCUCAAUAAGAGGCCGAAAAAGAUUCAGAGUCAUUGUAACUUCUUCAGGACUGGUAUAUGUCUCGGUCGGCAUCUUGUCUGCUGCGUGAAAUCUUCAGCUCUGUCAACGACUAUCAAGGUUUUCGAACCCAAUGAUGCUAUGUCCAAAGGAAAAAAGCAGAAGGGUUUUAAAAUGUUCAAUAGUGGGCAGGACGAAUUGAAGGCGUUCAAGGAGUUUUACAUUCCUACAGAAUCGUCUUCUAUCCACUUUCUCAAGUCGAAAUUGUGUGUGGCAUGUGCACGUGGAUUCGAGGUCGUCUCAUUGGAAACGUUGGAGACUCAAUCGCUUCUUGAUCAGGCCGAUACUUCUUUGGAUUUCGUCGCACGUAAGGAGAAUGUGCGGCCAAUUCACAUCGAGCGUCUCAACGGCGAGUUCCUUCUCAACUAUUCAGAGUUCUCGUUCUUCGUCAACAGAAACGGUUGGCGAGCAAGACCUGAUUGGAGAAUUGAUUGGGAAGGUCAGCCACAGAGUUUUGCGCUUUCAUAUCCUUGGAUACUGGCCUUUGAGCCAAACUUCAUCGAGAUCAGGAACAUCGAUACAAACGCAGUACAUAUCGUACCACACAAGUAUAUCCGUAUGCUACACACAAGCACACGAGAGAUCAUCUAUGCGUACGAAGACGAGAGGGGCGAAGAUAUCGUGGCCGCUAUUGAUUUCUGGCCUGCAGGGCGCAAACCAGAGGCGCAGGCUCUUCCGGCGCCAACGGAGCACCGCGAAGGUACGACUUCGUCUCGGCACUGAUCGAGACGCGAGAAUGAAGUCUAAUCAGACACCACACUUCUUCCCAAUGGAUUCUCGUAGAACUGCAUAUAAUACCUCAGCCUCCUUGCAGUUCUUCUACAGUUCCGUUUUUCUCUUUGGUGGUGUGUGCUGGCCACGCUACUUCUUCUAAUCGGCUUUCACUGCCGAUGGGGUUGCGGGGAUUUCUGAUUGGGGUUGGGUUAGAUGGGCUACGAAUCGAUCAAUAGAUCGAUUGAGCACUUGUGCACUUACUUGAUUGAUUGAUUGAUUGACUCGUUCAUUCGGUGAAUAUGUGCAUGUGAAAUGGUAUUGAAUGGAAGAGAGCGAAGUCUUGCAUGGUGCAUGCACAAACCAAUGGGAUUUGUUGUGUUGUGGCACCUACAGCGAUCGACGAGGCAUGGCGUAUUUGAUGGUUUGAAGGGGCAGCACAGCGUACUAUUUUUCUGUACAUUGCCUGUAGUCUUAUGAAUAGACCGUGUAACUUUCGCAUGCCCAAUGUCUUCUGCUUCUGGCCCGUGGUUUCGACUUUUCGAAUAGCGGGCGAGUACUGUCUGGAAGUAUAUAGGACUUUUUGUUGUUUUGGUCACAUUUCCACUUUCUGGAAUUCGGAGUUCCCUCCUCCAGAUCGCUAAGUCUCGUCACCAGUCGCAGCAUCCAAACCUUGAUAUCCAAGAAACACUAAAUCACCCUCGCGGAAUUGUUCUAGCUCACCGUCACCUGCGAAAAGGCCGAUUGUCAAUGCCGGUUGUUGAGGUUCUUGAGCCUCUGUGCUGAGUUGGCUGCGCAUGAAGUCACAGUACAAGGCUGUCAUCCGAAUGGUCUUGUUUCUUAUGAGACUUUCCAAUGUAUCUGUGCCAAAACCAUAUCCUUCAAUAAUACCUUAUUUUGAUGCAGCACCUAUUCCUUUGGUCCAGAAGGGGGAGGCGCUUGCCAUCGGUACUGGCAUCGGAGCAUUUCCUGGCACUUUGUAAGUUCAAAGUCUUUGAGAGAAAGUCAAACUUAAAUUACGUGUCGAAUACUAAUAUACUUUUCCCCCCACUCUCUGUGUACAGUUUACGAGAGGAGGGUUGUAUUGCAGCCUCCCAACCGCUUCGUCAUGAAGGCUGUUUCUAUCAAGUCACGCUGUGCAAUACAAGUAAAGAUCAUCAAGCAAGACCAGGAUUCGGCAAAAGAGACACAUCACGAUCCACUUCCCAUUAUUGGAUCCAUGGCCCACUCCCGAAUGUUUUGAUUUCAGACUCUUUUCCCAGCCCAAACCUCCAACCGAAACGUCCCAUGUCCUCUGAAAUGCUGAAGUUUCAUAUCUUGGCAUGGACGCAUCUCGACCGUCCCCAUACAAGAAACACUCUCGCUGCGAAACCUCAACAGCCAGGGAUCUUUCAUGCUCUCCAGCCGACGAGAUCGCCUUCCGCAUGAGAGUGGGCCGAUUUUCCUCUGUACUGGUGGGUACGGGAUCCAGGCAAGUGGGAUCGGGAUCGUUUGGAUCGGACGCUUCGUGUAACAGUUCGCGCCUGACGCUCGGCCCGUUCUCCACCAUCCUUGACUUUGGGAAAACAACCAUCGUCGCGGCUCUGGAGAAUUUUGACGUUUGUGUGUGGUAAAAUCCGUGUUAUUUUUAUUUCGGGUUUCCCGGUUGGGAAGUUCGUUCCAGUGGUGUCAGAUGCAUUGAUGUGGGUAGAGCUGAUGCACGACAUCGAUCUGAGGACCUCUUAGACUGAGCUGAGAAGGUUUGAUGGGCAGGUCGUGCAGCUGAGAAUGCAUGAUUGUAGUUAUAGAUGAAUGAUUGGCGCAAUGGCGACAGGUACUGGUACCCGGUGUCCUUACAUUAGGUUUUUAUGGAGAACACUUUGACGUUCUGGAGGUACUUAUCUGAGAGUGAAGUCCUCUUCCAACCUCCAAGAAUUCAAAGAUCGACACUUCAGUUGUAGUCCAUCAAACACGCCCACCUGUUCAAAGUCGCUACAAAGAAACGUUCAUCAUGACUUGCUACUGCGCAAACUACUACGGCUCAAUAAACUGCCACAACACCGUAAGGAAGUUCGGAGAUAGAUGCGCUCUUUGCCAAUCGAACCAUGCCAAUACAGCUGGAUCAGAACAGAACGGACUACCGCAAGCGAACCAGCAAUGGGUUGAGAAUGUCCGAAGAGAGCAAUUGCGAAGAGAAGAAGAGAAGGCUCGAAGAGAAAGAGUGACUAUGACUACCUCUGGCAGGGUACGUUAGAGAAGAUCGCCUGGUAGAUUUGAAUUUUAGCGAGUGGGAGGCAUUUGUCAACUUUUGCGGCGUUUUGGAACGGCAUACGGAUAGAUGGGUAUAAGUACCAUCAAUAGUUACUUCCUGGCUGGGCCACGGGGAGACGUACAAAUCGUAACAUACAAACAUACAACCUAACAUCAGUCGCUAAUCCACAGUCCUUCUUGUCCUUUGUAUCCCGAACGCCAUUCCCAUGUCAUUAUGGGUCCUUAACCAGCCAAAUCGCUCUCCCAUCUAAGUCGAAUUACCACAUCCUCCUCCGAUAUCCUUUGAACGUUUCCCCUUGACCCUCGGCCACAAUCUGUUCUUUGAUCUUCUUCCUCCUCUCAGCACGACUCAUUGGCUUCUCCUUCGGUUUCGACUUGAUCUUUGGUUUCUCUUGUGGAGAUUGUUUGUUCGGGUUCUCAACUAUUGGCUUCUGAGCACCUUUCGCCUGCUGUGCUUGCUCCUCUAGUUUCUUCCGUCUAGCAGCUUUCUGCCAUCUCGUCGCUCCAACCAUAUCAUCGUUCUCUGUAUCUGGCGCCUCUUCUGUACGCGUCCUUUCGCUCUCACUGACUUCCACCACUUGCUCUGUGACAUCUUGCUCCACCGGCCUCGUUUCUAUCUGCACCAUAUCGACCAGAUAUCCGUCCUCAUUGAGAGUUGGCAGAAAUAAAUCUGGCGCGGUCUUCGAUCUCUGUAGUUGCGGUUUUAUCGCCGCACGCAAGUCGCGAACUGUUUGUUGUUGUAAUACAUAUCCGCUCAGGAAGAGUGCUGUUGUGAAGAAGAAAACUGGUUGGGUUUCAGCAGAUGAUUCACAGUUAAGGAAUGGAGGGGAAGAUCGAACCGAUUGCCGAUGAAAUAGCGACUGAGACUUGGGCGGAUGUUAGGAGGACCAUACUGCGUUGAAUAUUUCGGAAAUAGGGAUUUGCGCAUGAGAAAUUCUAUAGAUUGUAGGUCUGUUAUUGUGUAUUCUGCGAAUUGGAUGUGAUCUGGAU